AUGGUAGCUUUCCACAAAGGGAUCGACGUCAGGAAGGAACAAUCGUACUGGAACAAUCCGGACUUCAAACGAACUUCUCACGUCUUUUGCGACAAAGAUGACGAACAAGGUUCCCGCAUUAUCGACAUCAUCAAGAAACGAAGAGAGGGUCUUAGAGAGAUCAUGAUUGACGCGACUGCUGCUUUCAAAGAGAAGGUCUUGUCCAGGCAACACGAUAUUCUCCUACAAGUGCGCUGGUUGAAACUGCUCACUCGAGAAGAAGAGGAGGAAGAAGACUUCUGA